AUUUGUUUUUCAGAAAAAUUCUGUUCGCCAAUAAGUGCUCUGAGUGCUGGCGGCCCAGUUUUUGUUGUCAGCAAAUAUGGAACGAAGCAGUUGAUUUUGAAACAACACACUUUCAAUCGCCAUGUUAGCCGAGAUGAUGUGACAUACUGGCGUUGCAGUCAAUUUGCAGUUCUUCGUUGUCGAGCAAGAAUCAAGACCAAAUUAGACAUACUGACAGUUCUAAAUGGUGAACAUAAUCAUGAAGUCAUUACAAGGGCUCGAAAAUAUGGUUCUUUAAAGAUUAAAACUGAACCCCAUGCAACCAUGUAAAACCUUCUAUACAUAAAAUAAAAAGAAAAUUCAAUACUAAAAACUUAUGCAUAGGUACAUAUAUUUGAAAGCUAGAAACUAAAUUAUGUUAUUAAUAUCAAAUAAUAAAAAUAAAUGUAUCAUUAAA